UCGUUCGGGGCACCGCGUGAUCAUCCGACGUCAGAAACUCGCCAAUUGUCUGCCGCUGGAGGCCUAUCACCACUUUCAACUGCGGCCUUCCAGGAACGACGAUCCCCGCAGGUCCUUCAGACGUCUCCCCCCCUCGCCACACACACCCACGGAUAGCACGAAGACAGACAAAAUGCUUCAAGCCGUCUCCCCCGAAAGCUCGCUACCCUCUCUCCGAAAAAAUAAAAGUUCGGCGCUGCGGCAAGCAAGACGACCAUGCCUACGCCAACAAAGCGAGUGUUCGCUACUGGAUUUCAUAUUGCCCCUGUUCACCGGGCGUUUACUACGAAUCGCCUGAGAUGAUACGAAGAGCAAAGAUGUUUCGUCGGCCGAAUACUUGACAGGAAGUGCUGCCGAACAAGCCGAAAUGGUAAACCCCUUCUCACGAAAGAGGAUUCUGUUGCUCAUCUCGUCCCUCUUUCUCGCGCUCACCAUCGUCGGGUUAAUAAGAGUGCGUUUUCCUUGGCGUCCCGAACGCCAUGCUCGCCGUCGGAACAUCACCGAGCUGGCGACACGGGUUGGGCACAUCCAAUUUCGCCGGCAACGCUUAUUACAGGCAGCCUGCCGCCACGGGAACGACCGGGAGCUCCCUCCGGAGAAAUUGGAUCACGUCAUUGUGGACGACGAACACAAGCUGCUCUACUGUUUUGUGCCGAAAGUAGCUUCUACAAACUGGAAACGUGUUCUACUGUCCCUCCGCGAGAACCGCGCCAGUCCGCUGACGAUCCUCGCCAACCAGAGCCACGACCCGCAUGCGUUUCGCACGCUCAGUCAACUGUCGUCUGCGGACGUGCGCUACAGAUUGCAGCACUAUCUCAAGUUUUUCUUCAUACGCCAUCCGUACGAGCGCCUUUUGUCAGCGUACAGGAACAAAUUCGAGCACGCCUGGAGCGACUACUUUCCGAAGAGGUUCGGGAGAAAGAUCGUGCGGACGUACAGAUCCGAUCCUUCCGCGGAAUCGCUGGAGUCCGGCGCCGACGUAACGUUCCAAGAGUUUCUCAGCUACGUGUCCGACCUCGACGUGUCCGACGAUUCCGCAGCCUUCAAUGAACACUGGCGACCGGUGAGCGAUUUGUGCUUCCCGUGUCAGUUGCAUUACGACGUUAUCGGCGCGUACAACACGCUGGAAGACGACUCGAACUACGUUCUGUGGUUGGCACGCCUCCACGAUGUCGUCUCGUUUCCGACCCGCAACGCGACGUACUCGUCGGAGCCAACACGGUCCCUCAUGGCGCGGUAUUACAGCUCAAUCUCCACGGACACACUUCGACGCUUGGAGAAAGUUUAUGAGAUGGAUCUCGGCCUCUUUGAAGACGGAUAGCCUCGGUGCUCUUCGUUUGGGUGCUAUCACUUCACGAAUUCUGCUUUCUUUUUGGACAGGCCAAAACACAAGGAUAGGUUGUGCAUUGUUUGGAUUCUGAACUCUCACUGACAAUACUAUGUGAAUGCUUAGGCUGAGUAUGAUCAGCCCUAUUGCUAUUCCACACACCUGUUAGUCGUGUCGUCGCUUUGAUGCAAACGAGGGAAGUUCCUCUGUAAAACUGUGAUACAAUUAUGGUUCCUUGUUUCUAGUGUAUUUGGUAUCACCUUGUAGCCUGAAAAUUCAGGCAGGUUCAUUGCUAUCAGAGCAUCCUUUUUGUUUUUUGCACACUCACAAUUUUGGUACAACCGAGCUUUAUUUUACAAUUUCAUGCGCCCUGCAAUUUUAUACUAUUGCGGCCUGAUUUACUGGUGGCAGUCAAUGUUUCGUUACUUGCACCCUGAAAUUGGGAACAAAAUUAAGGCGCAAGAUGAACAAACUCUCAACAAUCUCAGGGUUCCAGUAAUGGAACAUCGAAGACCACCGGCUCGCCUGCUUUUUUGCCGUUUUAUAGUCAAUGCGUCUACAGUAAUAAAGUCCAUUACAACGAUUUAUCUACACUUUUUUAGGAGUCUACAGAGCACAAAUUUUUAGCAUCGUAAAAGCGGCUUUUCCGAGGGAGCUUUUCAGUGUACAAAUAAAAAAAUUGAUAGUCCUUGCAUACAAAACAUGUUAGUGAAACCCGAGAAUCCUACAAGGUGCUUCGAAUUUUCACAACAAGAUAUGUGACCUACAAUAACAACUACCUACGUCCUACACUUGAAAUCGAUUAAAAAAAAAAUGCUUAGCAGAUAAUAAAGGACCAUUCUAAGA